AUGGAAAUUAAAUAUAGUGGAUAUUUAUUUAAGUAUACACAAAAAGGAUUAAUAAAGUAUUAUAAAAAAAGAUAUUUUAUAAUUUCAGAGUAUGAUGAUAUUAUUUAUUAUUAUGAUUCAGCUGACCAAAAAAAAUUAUGUGGGUCAAUUAAAAUAAAGGAUAUUUUAGAUUUUAAUAUUUCCAAUGAUAAGAAUUUUAAUUCAAAUUCAGUAUGGGGCUUUGAGAUAACAACACCAGGAAGAGUAUAUUACUUUUAUAGCAAUAAAGAAGAAGAUAGAAUUUAUUGGAUUGAAGCAAUUUCAAAUAGAUCAUCCAAUUUAAAAUUAUUAAAUUUAGAGGAUAAAUUAAAAAAUAAUAAAGGAUAUGACACUUUUAUUGAAAAUAAAUUUGAUACCCCACCUACCCCCACAUCUCUAUUAACACUACCACCAUUAUCAUCACCUCUUUCUACAUUAAAUUCACUAUCAAAUUCAGAUUCAUCACCAUUGAUACAUUUAGAAUUAAACAAUAAAACCAAUUUAAAACUUAUAAAAUUACUAAAACAAUUUAAUCAAAUUAAAAAAAACGAAAAUAAUAUAAAACAAAUAUAUUUUUAUGAAAAAAAUAAUCUGGAUAAGGUAAUUGGUGUAUUUGACGAAUUUCAAAUUAAAAUAAAUUCUUUAAAUUUAAAAUUGAUAAACUUAAAUUCAAAUGUUAUAUUUCAAAAUAACAAUAUUAAAGAAAGUAUAGAGUCAAUAGAUAACAAAAUAACAAAUUCUUUUGAAAACUAUUUAAUGUGUAAUAAUAAUGAAGGUGAAGAUGAAAUUUUAAUUUAUAUUAAAAAUCAAAUGGAAGAAUUAAAUAACAAAACUAAUGUAAUAAUUGAACAAUAUAAUAAAAGAUUAAUAGAUUUAAACUCAAACUAUAGUUGUUUUAAAGAAAUUGAAAAGCAACACAAUAAAUCAUUAAUAGAUACAUUAAAAUCAUUUCAUAACCAUGUUUAUUUAAUUAAUAAUAGAGAAAUUAUUUCAAACAGUUUGGAGAAUGUUUCAAUAUUGCUGGAAUCAUUCUUAAAAAAUUUAAUACAUUAUUAUAAUUUACAUUUAGGAUUUUAUAAUAAUCAUUAUAUAAAUAAUUUUAUUUAUUAUUUUAAUAAAAAUAAAAAUAAAUUUCAAGAUAGUGGCAUUAAAAAAAAUAGGGAAAUAAAAUUUUGCAUAAACAAUAGUAAAAAUGAUAAUAAUUCAGAAAUUGAAAACAAUAAUUCAUUAGAAGAUAAUGCAAUAAUCGAUGAUAUAGUAGACAACUUUAAGAAUAAUAAAAAACUAUUAGUACCCUCAAACUUUAAAUCAGUAACAUUUUCAUUAGAUGUAAAUCUAGAAGACAAUAUUGAUAUUUUAUAUAAAAAAGUAUCAGAAAGAUGUGAAAAAAAAUUAUUUCAAUUUAAUUUAAUUUAUGCAGGAGAUUUAUUAUCAAAAGGUACUAUUGGUCAAUUUGGAAUCAAAAAAGAAUGCACUAUUCAUAUGAUUUUAAUCAAAGAAUUAGUAGUUGAAAUAUCCUAUAAAGAAAAACUAUUUCCAAUAUCAAUUCCAAACAAUGAUGGAUUAAAAGUAUUGCAUUUAAUAAAAAAUAUUAGAGAGGAAAUUGGUAUUGAAUAUUCGGAAGUUAAAACCUCAAAAAUUGUAUUAUGCAAACAUGGAAUUGAUUUAAAUGAAUCAAUGGCAUUACAAGAAAAAGUCUCAAUGAAUGAUGUCCUAGAUAUGAAAUUAAUAGAAACUGAUACAUCUUCUUCAUCAUUCUCAACAACUACAUCAACUGCAGUCGAAGAUUCAAUUAAUGAGAGUGAAUUGUUAAAAAGUUUUGUAGAAUCAUCAAUCUCAUCAGAUGUUGAAAUAGUUUUUUGUUUUGAUACUACUGGUAGUAUGGCUUCAGUUAUAGAAUCAGUUAAAUCCAAAGUAAAUCAAACAGUAACCCGUUUAAUGCAAACCAUUCCAAAUAUUAAAAUAGGAAUUAUGGGUUUGGGAGAUUAUUGUGACCGUGAAAAUGUCAUAACAACUUUAGAUUUAACCGAAAAUGUUGAAAAAUUAACAACUUUCAUUACUAAAAUCCCUCAUACUAGCGGAGGUGAUGUACCAGAGGCAUAUGAAUAUGCAUUAUAUAAAGCAAAAGAAUUAUCAUGGUCAAAGCAUACAUCAAAGGCAUUUGUUAUGAUUGGUGAUUCCAAUCCUCACGAACCUUCAUUUACUAAUUUACAUAUCAAUUGGUUUGAAGAAUGUGAUAAUCUUUUUGAUAUGGGUAUCAAAAUCUAUGGUAUUCAAGCAAUUAAAGAAUGUUGUUUCUAUCAAGAAAUUGCGGAGAGAACUGGUGGUCUUUGUAUAAAAUUUAACAAAUUUGACUUAAUUACCGAAAUGUUUUUAGCAAUUUGUUAUAGAGAAGCAAAUAAAGAAAAAUUCAAAGAUUAUGAAAAAGAAUUAAAAUCAAAUGGUCAACAUGGAAAUGAUUUAAAAGAAAUUUUAAAUGACUUAAAUAAAGAAAAUUUUAUAGUAAUAGAAGAAAAUAAAGAAUCAGUUGAAAAAGAAAAUAUUAAUGAAAUAUUAAACAAUAAUAAUAAUAAUAAUGAAUCAUCAUCUUCUACAAAACCAGUUUUAAAAGAAAUUAUAAAACAAAGAGGCAAACCAACAACAAUUAAAAAUUCAGAAACAUGGUUUAAUAUUUCAAUGGAUAGUCUAAAUAGAACACCAACAUUUGUAUAUAAAAAAGAUAAAGGUUAUUUCGAAAAAAAAAAAAUAGAACCUUAUGUUUAUAAACCCAUUAAAGAAAGUACUAAUAAUUCAAAAUGUAAUAUAAUGUAA